GGCCACUUCGGAGUAGAAUAGAGUCCAACCCCUAUCCAGGAGUGUGGUUCCAGAGCCGAGGCUGUGCGUAGAGGUAAUCCCCACCAGAUAACUGAUAACACUCCACCUCCACAAGCUCCGUCUCCUUCCCCCCUAAAGAGGUUAGGUUCCAUGUCCCCAGAGCCAGCAUCUGCCGCCCAGGUCUGUUCCGUCUAGUCCCCCCCACUGUCACUGCCACCCUUGUAGCAGCGCACCUGACCCCAUCGGUUUCCGGAACAGGUGUUGAGCCCCUGGGGAGUAGAGAUUUGGGGUGCCGCGUCACUCCUUCGGGCUAUGCAAGCCCGGCCACCAGACGCUUGCUGUGGGCCUGGCUCCAAAUGGGCGGCCCAGGGCUUCCUCCGGGCCGGGUAACUCCUUUCCUCUUCUGUUUUUACACAGGUGCCAUUCACGAUUAUUGUAAUGUUCCAUUUAGUGGGCCAGUGUCUUGGUAUGAAGCUUGCUGGUUCACUGGAAUGGCUGUGACUAAUUAGAUUCAAUGUUAAUAUAAUUUAUUAUAUUAAAUUAUAUAUUAUAUUAUAUUUAUAUUAUAUUUAUUAAUAUAAUUUAUUAUAUUAACUGCACCUGUGUUUACUCUGCCGUGAUAUGUCAAAAUGGCUGCCAAUGAGAUAUUGGGUUACCUCAUUUGGAAAUAGAUUGUUACUUCACAGAACUUUAUAGAAAGGAAAAACCCAAUACGCUCAUGUGAACUUUAAACUAGUAUUCUGUUGUGUGUUAAUACAGUUGCUUUGAACGCUCUCAGAUUGAUGCAUUCAAGUGGAAUUGGGAAAAAAAGACAGCUGCCGCCACCUCUUUUAUGCAAGAAACAACUCUAUUGUUUUGAUUUGACUUAAUCACCGCACAAUUCUAAAACAUAUAAUGUUCUUAAAAUUCAAAUGAAUGACUACAAACAACAUUUUUUACGUUAUAGGACAACUGAUGGAGAAACACAGUAGUUCCAGCCCGGACACAUUUGAAAAUACAAAACUAUUGUAUUGUGUAUAUAUAUAUAUAUUUGAAAAACAAAAAAUAACUUCCAUGAAUCAGUUCGUUGGUUAUUUCCGGUAUUGCUGUUUUUAUACUGCUGACAGAGGAUAUAUCCUUAACUAGAAAAUAUAAUUCCCCCUGUAUGUAAGGUGGAGGUUUCAAGUUGUUUCAUCAUACUUGUGUAGAUUGACUUUUGUACCUCACCUGGCCUCCAAACCAGCUGUGUCAUACAAUCCUACAUAGUACUCCACAUGAAAAUCUUAAAGUGAGAUUUAAGGUCAUCUGAGAAACUUCAGCAGAUUAGUAGAAAAACAGCCUUCUGCUCCUACGUGUGGUAACAUUCAACUAAAUGUAUGUUUUGGGUGGAGGGGAGGCUUCUUAAAAGAAGAGAACCAUGGUGUAUUUUCUGUAAAUGUUGUUGGUGGGAUAACACUUAUCUAGUACAAAUAUGUACUUUAGUUUAGUUCCCAUAGUACGGUCUGCAACUGCUCUGCUUGUGAGAGCUUCACUGUGGCCUCAUUCCACCGCCGAGGGACACACGUGGGACGUUGUGGACACAAUGAACAUAAUGAUCCUCUGGAAGAAGGCAGCACUGACAAUAGACAUAAGUGUCAGCUUGAUUAGGAGGCAGCAACAAGGGGAAUGUCUCUUCUUGACGAGGGGAAGAGAAAGCCUGAGACGAGGUGGUGGUUAAAGUAAACAUGCUCCUGUCAGUCAAUCUCUACUUUAUUGCUGUCCAAAUCAAAUCUCCCAGUAAAUUGCUUCUGCAUUUGUACUUUACCACUAAGAAUCUGUCUGACUGCAGAUGAUAUGAGCUGUGCUGAAUAUGUGCGCAACUCUCUCUACAGGAGACAUUACAAAACCACCAAGAGUGUCUAAAGAGGCAAAGGGAAGCAGUGAAAUACAGACUGAAAAAACUGGCAGCACGACAAUCAGAAAUCACAAAAAAGUCCUCAGUGAUAAGGGAGAGCAUCAUACAGAAAUAUCAGGAGAUCCAGGCCGUCCUAGGCGAGGACCUGAGGAGGACCCUGUCCCACCUGGAGAUGGAAGAGCGCGCUGCUGUCUCUGCCCUGGAUGGGCUGAUGGAAAAGAACUGCUCUCUGAUCCAGGAGAUAGAGCAGGACCUGGCCAGACUCACCAUGUCAAUGGACGAGACCUACAUCGAGCCAGAUACUAUGGACAUGGGAACACUGAAAGGAGUGAUGGAUGUCCUAAACAGGAUGGACCCCAGCAGUGUGAGCCUGGACGAUGUUAAAUCCGACCAAAUCCUCAGCCUCACCAAAAACAUGCUUCUGCUUAUCAGCUCACAGACCCCGAUUAUCAAGAACAUUACCCAGAGUUAUUCCAGCGAGGUGCAUCUGGACCCAAAGACGGCCCACCCAAAGCUGGUCAUCUCCCCCCAAGGUGACAGUGCCACUUACGCAGACACCUGGCAGCAGCUUCCUGAUCUCCCUGAGCGCUUUGACACCACCCUCAAUGUCAUGAGCUCGCAAGGAUUCAGCUUCGGUCGUCAUUACUGGGAGAUUGACGUGACCGGGAAGACUUACUGGGAGCUGGGUGUCACAUAUCCAAACAUCCCCCGGAAGGGCCCCACCGAGGACUGCUGGCUCGGCCGAGGGGACGAGUCCUGGUGUGUGGAGUUGUUUGAUGGAGAGUAUACAGCCUGGCAUGGAGGCGUGCCCCAUAAGCUGCCUUUAACGAAACGCUUCUGUCGGAUCGGAGUGUUGUGUAGUUUCCCCGCAGGGUCGGUGACAUUUCUUGAGGCAGACAACAUGACACCACUGUUCUCCUUCUGUGUAGGGACCUUCUCGGACCGCCUGCACCUGGCCCUGUGUCCCGGUCAUGACCACUGUGGCACCAAUGCUGAGCCUGUAGUGAUCUGUAAUGCUCCAUCUCUUCUGUGAUCUCUGAUUAUUGACUCGACAAAAAAAAGUCAUUCCUUUCUGAGGCAUCAUUUUCUAAUAAUGCACCAAAUGUAAAGGUUUGUAAUUAAACAAUACGAAGACUCUACAGCUGUGCUAGCAGCUCUACGAGGCUAAACACUAACAUCAGGAUGUUCACGCUAACGCGCUAACGUUUAGAAGGUACAGUGGCAAACAUUGUUCAGCAUACUACCGAUUAGUACAAACAGAGCUGCUAAAAUUUUGUUAUCCAGGUAUUUGAUCAUAAAUAAAAAGUACAGGACAAAUUGAAAGUCUGAUUUGAUGAUAGUGCUACAAGCAGUGGAGCAGGCAAGCUGUAGAAAUGUAUCUUUACAGGUACAUGAACGUCAUGGCAAGCUUUUAACUGAAUCUCACAAAUGGUGGUGUCACAAUAACAGGAUAGUUCCAUCCUCUGGGGACCAUGAAUAUUCAUAAAAAUAUGUGAGCUUUUGAAAUAAUUGACUGUCUAUUGUCUCUUCGUACUUGGUAAUAACACGUUAAUCUAUCAAGACUAACACUGAAAAUAUUUACAAGAUGUUAAUAAAUGGGAUUUUUAACAGUCCAGGAGGUUCUUUGCUACUUAUUUAUAAUAAUCAAUUAUAUUAUUAAGACCUCACUAAAGACACAGAGUUGGAUGCUGGAGGAGGAUAAACAUAAUCUAUGGUACAUCACUUCAAUCUUUGAUCAAUGAACCGAUAACUUUAAUAAACCCUUUAUAAAUGGUGCCUCACAAGAAAAUGGUACCCUAAUUAUAAAGCCAUGUACUUAUUAGCUCUUUUAAAUGAUGGAAUGCAUUUCAGGAGACAUGGAGGCAGAAUUUGAUGAAAAUUGAAAACAGGGUACCUCUCAGUAGAAAGCUUAUAGAUGUGUAGUGAACUUUCAGAUGAAUGUACGGAAAGAUAAGUGUUCCCCAGCAUUAAGCUAAAUAAACUAAGAAAAGAGCACCAUGGAAA